CAGAAUAAAAAAUCAGAUUUUAAAUGUGUAUCGCCUCCUCUUUGAUGUCAUGUUGAACUGAAUUUUAUCUGAAAUUAAAAUUGUUAUCGAUAUCAUAUUAUUUUAUUCUUUUAGGAAGAGCCGUUAUGUUGGUGAUAUGUCGAGUGAUGAUUUCUCCUCACCUGUAAGAGCAAAAAGAAACUUUUGCAUAAUGAAAAAUGUAAUACAAGCCCAGAGAAAAAGAAUUCAUGGACUUCGAGUCACAGUUAACUCACUCGGGAAGAGAGUAAGGACACUAAAUAGCCUUAUUAGUGUUUUAAAGAAAAAGUCUUACAUAAGUGACUCAUCUGAAAAUGUUUUGAGGGCAUCGUUAUCCGGCUCAUCUCUUAAAAUUUUUGAGAGAAUGUUACGAGGGCCAUCAUCACAGAAGUAUGACCCUUCAAUAAGGACUUUUGCAUUAACUUUAUCUUUUUAUUAGCCUA